GAAGGUCAAGCCCCUAACUCACAAGCAAGCAAAGCGAUCCUGUGCCUCCUUACCGAACUCCUAUUACUCUCUGGCUCUUUAUAAAAUGGCUGCUGUUUUAAAGCCUGCCAUGUCACGUUUCCUCCUUUUGUCUUUUCUUUUGUCAACUGUAGCCGCCCAAAGUAUUGCUCCAGAUGAUGCUGACCCUACUUGUUCGGAUAUACCAAUAAGAAAUGUCACUUUUCCCAAUGAAAAGAUUCUACUGGACUCACAGAACUACAGGUCAGUUUUUCUUGUUGGAGCAGAAGGAGAAAAUAGGACUUGGCUAACUAUCGACUAUGAUGGAGGGGGAGUGGGUCGAACUGGUGCUGCUGGUUUUGUCGAUUCUUGGUAUGAAGGUAAUCAAGGAGUACAGUGCUUGCAUCGAAUCAACGUUUGUGCUACUCUCAUUCCUGGAGGAACAUCUUCAUUCCAGAGCAACUGGCUAAUAACACAAUACAUUAAUAUUAGUGAACCUGGAAUAAGCCAAUUAAGAAUUAAUGUAACAUUCUCAUCAAAUUUGGUGUGCUUAAACCAGCAGUGUCCCCAGCAGCAGACAUUUGAAGUGCAGACAUUUGAAACUAAUGAACCAGAUGAGAUGGAUAGAGGGAAUAUCAGUUAUUAUUCAUAUGCUGGUGUUCGUCUGAUACACACUGCUGUUGAAGGAGCUACUACAGAAUCUGAGUCAUUUGCUGUGUCUAGUUCUGGUCUAUAUCUGGCUAUAUGGGACCAAGGAUCUUGUACUGUCAUUAAUCGGAUUGUGGUAUUCUACAAUGUAUGUCCUUAUCAAAUAUUGAAUAAAGCUAUUUAUCCAGAGACAGUAGCUCCCCAAGGGGACUUCGAUCCAGACAAAAAUGUGGAUGCUACUUGUAUUGAUAAUGCCAGCCCUACAUCAUCAAAUAUUUUAAGUUUAAGGUGUAGGCUAUUAGGAGUGUGGAUUGGAUCAGCUUCAUGUCAAUGUAAUCCUGGAUAUGAAGCUAACGAUACAGUUUGUGAAGCCUGUCCUACUGGUACAUAUAAAAAGAGCCCUGGUGACACUAGUUGUGAUGAUUGCCCUGAUAAUAGUGACUCAUUAAACACUGGUUCAACCUCCUGUCAGUGCCUCCCUGGAUACUAUAGGGCAGCUCAUGAAACUGAUGAUGUAGCAUGUACUGCUCCUCCUGGCCCUCCAGUAAGUCUUAGAAACACUUCAUUCAACUCCACUAGUAUCAGCAUUGCUUGGGAUCCACCCGUCAGCAAUGGGAGCCGCUCGGAUAUUAAUUACCUUGUCAGCAUAACAGACCAAUCUAAUGGGAAUUCAAUAGUUCCUCACACUACAAAUACCACAAUUUACAAGCGAGGGGGCCUUACCCCACUCACCACAUACACGAUAACCGUCACCUCAAGAAACGGCGUCUCUGAUCAAGACCUCUCAAACGAAACAAACAGGCAAGUCUCGAUUAACGUGACAACGAUGUCUUCUCCACCCACAAGCCCUCAGUCACUCUCUUUACAAAGACCAACGCCAUCUGGUCAAUCUACUAUACUAGGAUGGAGCGAACCGCAGAAUUCUUAUGGUACCGUCAUUCGUUAUAAUAUAUUUGUUAGUGAGUUUAAUGAUACCGAUACUGCUACUGUUAGAGGGACUGUCAAUGGGACCACGUUUCGUUAUGAUUUGAGUCAACUUGAUCUUACAUCUGGCUCUUAUUUUGUGUGGGUUCAAGCAGUGACAAUACACGGUGAGAGUGACCUCUCCCCUCCCAUUCAAUACUUGCAUGUAGAAGCACCGACACCGACAGAUUCCAGUACUUCUUCUGAUUUAUUUCCAGUAGUAGCUGGAGCAUCCAUUGGUGUAGUCCUUGUCGUGAUCAUCGUGGUUGCUAUAGUGAUUUUACUCUUUGUCAUUUGUUUUUACACCAAUACUAGAAGAAAGAGCACAUACAGUGAGUAUGGAUCACGUGUGGCUAAUUCCGGCUACAACCAUGAUGAGAGUGACACAAAUAUCGAGCUAGGGACUCUCCCACCACCUAGUAAUAAUCCUAAUCGAAUGUACAUCGACCCAAGAACAUACGCAUCCAUGAAUCACGCUAUUGAGCAGAACAGAGUCAAGGAAAUACCUCCAAAGGAGAUUGCUAAUUUGGAAGAGAUCGGAGUUGGUGAGUUUGGUCUGGUCUAUAAAGGCGUGUGGACCCUUAAGAACAUCCCAGUAGCAGUCAAGACUCUAAGAGGUGGAGCUACUGAUGAACAAAGGAGCAACUUCUUAUUUGAAGCAUCAGUGAUGGGACAGUUCCAUCAUGAUAAUGUUGUUGUACUUUAUGGUGUCAUUAGUCGUAUUGAUCCAGUUAUGAUUGUAAUGGAAUACCUGCAGAACGGAUCAUUGGAUCGAUACCUUCAGAAAAAUUUGGAUAAGAUUAGUCAUGAAAGGCUAUCGAAAAUGUCGUACGGAGUAGCAAAAGGAAUGAAAUACCUUUCUUCAAUCGGAUUCGUACACAGAGAUUUGGCUGCUCGUAAUAUUUUGGUUGCUAACGAUGAGACGUGUAAAGUAGCUGACUUUGGUCUGGCAAGGGAAAUGGUUGAGAAUGAGUAUGAUGUCCAGAAGGGUGGGAGGAUCCCUGUACGCUGGACUGCCCCUGAGGCUAUAUCUCAUCGAAGCUUCACUACAGCGAGUGAUGUAUGGAGCUAUGGUGUGCUCCUAUGGGAGACAUUCUCAUUUGGGGAAACACCAUAUGAUGGAUGGGACAACGCAACAAUAUUUCAAAGACUAGAAAAUGGAGAAAGACUUCACCCACCGAGAGGAUGUCCUGAUGAUCUCUACAAGAUAAUGCAAGCCUGUUGGAACAUUGAGCGUUCAGAGAGACCCACUUUUGAAAACAUUGUCGAAUGCUUUGAAGUCAUACUUUUUGGAAAACCAAAGCCAAAACCUAAGCCAGCUCAUCUUCAGUCUCCUAACAGGCCUAUUCCUCCUACUACUUCAAACUCUUCUGCUCCUAAUGGAAACAAUAAAGCUGCUGACUCAAUAGACGAAUUAUUAGGCUCAAUUGGGAUGACGAGAUACAUAGAUAUAUUUCAUGCAAAAGGCUUAUACAACGUAGCAGAUUGCUUUGGGCUGAGUGAAGACGACCUCCAAAGGAUGGGAGUGACAUUAAGUGGACACCAGUAUAAGAUUGUUAAGAACAUUCAUUUGAAAGAGGAAGAACUGGGAAGAGUGUCCCCUGAUUUUAUCUAACAACUUUUUCUUGCUUUCUUUAUUUCUUUCUUUCUCACUUUGUAACUCAUUAAGAUUUUUGUGUUACACAUUAAUUGUUUUGGUGAAA